CACGCGCCCGAAACCGAUCCCUUUACUUCCCUCAGGUGCGGACGCCUCGACCUAAAAUCGCAAAUAGCAGCUGGCUUCAAGGGCAUUUUAGUCAAUCUAUUCCAUCGUCCCCAGCUCCUCGUUUUUUCCCGUCUCCGAAUGGAGACGUGGUUUUCGACUCCUCGAACAGUGUAAAAUUCUCUGCCCGCGAUCCGAUCUCAUCUUCUAGCAUCCCUUUGCGUUCGAAUUCGGAUUCCCUCCGAUCGCCGUUUGUUGUUCACCAGAAUUCUGAAACCUGGUUUCCGCCACUGAUUUACAGUAACUAGUAAGAAAUGGGAGCAAUGGCGCGAGUCUGAAGCAUGAUUCUAAGCGGGAGUGACACUUACAAGGAUCGUUCAAUUGGCAACAUUACACUGAGAGCAUACAGUGUGAUGUUAUCCCACUUGGUUAUUGGUGGAUGUAGAUCAACAUAUGCAAUAUUGUGGUUAUGCCAACACUUACUUGUAUGGACAAACAAAGGAAAAUCAUCAUGAAACCCAUGAUUGAGAGAUGGCCCAUCAAUGGAGGCUCAUGGGAAAGAGGUCAUUUCUAUGAUGCAGGAGACUGCCUGAGAUGGUGAGUGAACUGAAACGGUGAUGCUACUGAUGCUGAAUGAGACAGACUUCCUGAGAGUUAGCAAGGAGUUCACUGCCAACUUCCACCUAGUUCGAAGAAGAUUUGCUAUGGCAGCGCAUUGUGUUUGAGGUUGGACACUGACUUCCAACUCGAGGGCGAGAUUUCUGAAGCUGGGAUGAAGGGAGGAACGGAUGCAUCCUGGCCACACAUUUAAUGGUGCCCAAGGUGGACCUCAUGUGUUGGUUGAUGAUUGGAUAAGGCUUGGAUUAUCAUCUGGUUGGUUUGGAUGGCCGAGAUUUAUAUGGUUGGAUUUUGUUGCCAAUAGAUCCAACUAGGUUUCACGCGUUUUCUUUUACAAGGUCGAAGGUUGUCAGCUUGUAGCUAAUCAAUCAAGAGCAUACCAGCCUUCAUAAAGAAUGGUGGUAGUGUGAAUGAUUGAGUGUUCCCCUUUCAUGUCUUUCUGUAGAAGCUUCCAUGUGAUGCAUAUAAGGUGGCCUUGUCUUUAUUACAAUCCUUGUCCUUGAUAUCUACCGGGUUUUCUCAUAUCUAGGCACUUGCCUAGAUGGCAUGAUUGGAGGUCUUUGGAUCACAGAAUCAUUGGAGAUUCCUUUAUUUUGGUCAACCCAUGGCUGACCAUGCUUUAGUUGUCGCAGAUCAUUCUUUAGUAAUUGGGCAAGAGUUUCCUGAUGUUGAAACUUGCCGAAGAACGCUAAAAGAGAUUGCAAUUGCUUUACACUUUGAUCUUCGGAUAGUGAAAUCGGAUAGGAGUCGAUUUAUAGCCAAGUGCUCAAAGGAAGGAUGUCCCUGGCGUGUCCAUGUAGCAAAGUGUCCAGGUGUUUCAACCUUUUCAAUUAGGACGUUACAUGGUGAACAUACUUGUGAAGGAGUUCGCAACCUUCAUCAUCAACAGGCUUCAGUCGGUUGGGUUGCCAGAUCUGUGGAAGCACGUGUUCGGGAUAAUCCACAAUACAAGCCAAAGGAAAUAUUGCAAGACAUCCGAGAACAACAUGGAGUUGCUGUGUCUUACAUGCAGGCUUGGCGUGGGAAGGAGCGGAGUAUGGCUGCAGUUCAUGGCACUUUUGAGGAAGGAUAUCGACUUCUUCCUGCAUACUGCGAGCAAAUCAGAAAAACAAACCCUGGAAGUAUCGCAUUGGUUUCUGCUACAGGGCAAGAGAACAGCUUCCAACGCCUCUUUAUUUCAUACCGUGCAUCAAUCUAUGGCUUCAUAAAAGCUUGUCGACCACUUUUAGAACUCGAUAGAGCACAUCUAAAAGGAAAAUACCUGGGGGCAUUACUUUGCGCUGCAGCUAUUGAUGCUGAUGAUGCGCUAUUUCCAUUGGCAUUUGCUGUAGUUGAUGUAGAAAGCGACGAUAAUUGGAUGUGGUUUCUAUCAGAGUUGCGGAAACUUCUUGGAGUAAAUACCGAAAGCAUGCCUAGACUUACGAUAUUGUCUGACAGACAAAGGGGCAUUGUGGAGGCAGUUGAGACACAUUUUCCCAGUGCUUUUCAUGGAUUUUGUUUGCGGCAUGUAAGCGAAAAUUUCCGCGAUGAGUUUAAGAAUACCAAAUUGGUGAACAUCUUUUGGAAUGCUGUUUAUGCUCUGACUACUCUUGAAUUUGAAGCUAAGAUAGCCGAGAUGGUAGAAAUCUCACAAGAUGUCUUGCAAUGGUUUCAUCACUUUCCCCCUCGUCUUUGGGCUAUAGCAUAUUUUGAGGGUGUACGAUAUGGGCACUUUGCUUUGCGUGUCACGGAAUUAUUAUAUAAUUGGGCCCUUGAGGGUCACGAGCUUCCCAUAGUGCAGAUGAUGGAACACAUUCGGCAUCAAUUAACAACUUGGUUUAAUGAGCGUCGCAAUAUGGGUAUGGCAUGGACAUCCAUUCUUGUACCAUCUGCGGAGAAGCUUGUUUUAGAAGCUAUUGCAGAUUCUCGUUGUUACCAAGUACUUCGUGCAAAUGAGGUGGAAUUCGAAAUUGUGUCAACUGAGAGAACGAAUAUUGUGGACAUUAGUAGUCGCCAUUGCUCCUGUCGCCGUUGGCAACUUUAUGGUCUACCAUGUGCACAUGCCGCCGCUGCACUAAUCUCUUGUGGGCAAAAUGUCCAAUUAUUUGCUGAACAUUGUUUUACGGUCGCAAGCUAUCGUGAGACCUAUUCGCCGGUCAUACACCCUAUUCCAGACAAAAGCCUUUGGAAGGAGCUAGUUGCAGGAACAGAGGGUGGAGGUGCUAAAGUUGACAUUAUAAUACGUCCGCCUAAGACUCGUCGACCGCCUGGCCGCCCCAAAAAGAAGGUUCUUCGCAUAGAGAACUUUAAGCGCCCAAAGCGGGUUGUUCAAUGUGGCCGUUGCCAUUUGUUAGGACAUUCUCAAAAGAAAUGCACAUUGCCGCUUCAGUAAAAAGUCGUGUUCAUUUAUCAUCUUCAGUUACACUAGAACUAGUCUAGUGGUUCAUUUGUAAUUUUAGUAUAUGUUCUAAUCAUUUAAUUGAAAUCAGAGACUUUGUCCUUUCCA